AUGGAGGAUGAAGGGUACUACUAUUAUGAUGACGACUAUGGCAAUGAGGAGGGGGAGGCGUGGGAGGCGGGGCUGGAAAACGUCUACGUGACGGCAAAGUCCAUGAUGGACACUAUGCCGGAGGAAUGCGCUGCUGGGAUGCGUAGCGUCGCGCGUGAUGAUCCAGUGGGUGGAAGGUGGUCAUUCAAGGCGUUGAAGAUGCUUGUCAGGGUCUGUCGACGCAUGAAGUCUUAUGAAGAGAUGCUUAGCUACUACGACCAGGUGUCCAGCUUUAGUCACAAUGAUGUGAGCAAGGGACAAUUACAAAAGGCCAUGACCAAACUUAUUGAUGAGGCGCAGCGUGUACCUGUGGAAUAUCUACGGCGUAUGCUGGAGACGACCAUUAAGGUUACCUCAAGGGACAUGAAGUCUUUUGGGAAACUCUGGUUUAACGCAAAGCUUAAGCACGCGACGCUGACACUACAAGCGAAUGCACUGGAUGCGGUGCUGGAUGAAAUGGGGCCAGUACUGGCAUGGUGUAAAGAGGAAGACCAGUUUGCUUUCAAGAAGAGUGCUCAAUUGUUUCUCGCAUACGCAUUGCUGCUAAGGGUCUACUCCAAAAAGAAGGACUACAAACGUAUGCGGGAAACGUUUUUCUUGUCCACCUCCAUUGCUAACACCAUCCCUCCAUCCCGAGUGCUGGGUGGUGUGAUGGAGUGCGGGGGAAAGAUGUAUAUGCAUCUUCGUGACUGGUCCUCCGCUUUUCGGGCUUUUUCUGAGGCAUUUCUGCACUACAACGAGUUCGGCGACCCUUCCAAGAUAGGCUGUCUUAAGUAUCUUGUGUUUGCGCGCAUGUUAGGCGGCUCCACUAUUGACCCGUUUGCCAGACGUGAGGCAAAGGCGUACGAGGAUACGCCCGAAAUUGUGCCCGUUGCAAUGCUUAUGAGGUCAUUUGCAGCGAAUGAUGUUCGCGAGUUUAUCGACGUUAUGAAGCUUCACCGGGACUCUUUUGAUGCGGAUGCUGUGUUGAAGCCUUGCCUAGACGAGGUGCUAGAGCAGCUCCGCCUACAGGCUCUUGUCGCGUACGUGGAGCCAUACCAGUGUCUUUAUAUGGAGCGUCUGAAGGAGGUCUUACUCGUUGACGCGGACGAGGCUGAGCGACUCUGCGUCAGGGCGGUGGCGGAGGGUAAGCUGAAUGCUGCCCUGGAUGACGAGCAGCACAUCCUUGUCAUGCAAAGAGAACAGCUGACAGAUUCAGAGGUGGAGCAGCUCCAGGCGUUGACUCGCUGGUCCACAACGCUUCUUGAACUAAAUGGAGACGCAAGGAAGAAGCUGGAACGCAUUAUAUGA